AUGACCAACAGCAGCAACAACAACAAUAACAACAGCAGCAACAACAACAACAACAGCAACAACAACAGCAACAGCAACAACAACAACAACAAUAUUAUCCUUAUCGUCGUCAACAACUACAACAUCAACAACAUCAGCUGCAACAACAACAGCAACAACAACAACAACGACAACAAUAGAAUGAACAGAAGUUUUCAUGAGUUAAAAACAGUUGACGAGUAUGAUGAAGAUGAAAAUUUUCUCGGUACAUGCGGUAGUUAUAUACCAAUACCUAAUAGCACCAACAACAACAACAAUAAUAAUAAUAAUAAAACUAAUAAUAUUAACGAUAAUAAUGAACACAAUUACAACAACAUUAUUAAUAAUCCGAACAAAUGCCAUGGCGUAACAAAUAUCCUAAGGUAUUACAGUCUCAACGACAUCAACAACAACAACAACAUCAACAUCAGUACUAGCAGUAACUUUCUCGUAACAACUACCAUUUCCACAACGACAACAGCAAAACUACCAUCGUUAUCAACCCCACUAGAAGCAGCUGCAGCAGCUUCAACAGCUUCAACAGCAUCAGUAGCAGCAACUACAAUGUCAACAAAGUUUCAAUUAAUUUCCCCGCUAGCUCCAUCAAAACAUCCACCGCGUUACUUAAGAUCAUUCAGUACACCGAUCGUAAAAAACAAGAAAAAGAUCUGCAACAACAAUAGCAAAAACAGUAAUUAUAAAGAUAAUUAUGAUCAUAAUAAAGGUAAUUAUGAUCAUAAUAAAGAUAAUUAUAACCAUAAUAAAGAUAAUUAUGAGUAUAAUAAAGAUAAUAACGAUCAAAACAAAGAUAAUUAUGAUCAUAAAAAAGAUAAUAGUGGUCAAAACAAAGAUAAUUAUGAUCAUAACAAAGAUAAUUAUGAUAGAAAUAAAAAUAAUUAUAAUCAAAACAAAAAUAAUUAUGACCAUAAUAAAGAUAAUUAUGAUUAUAAUUAUGGCAUAAAUAUUAAGGACAAUUGUGAUUCUAAUGUUCCUUCGUCCAAUACUACUAUCGCUGCUGCUACUACCGCUACUACUGCUGCGACUACUACUACUAAUUAUAAUAAUAAUAACAAUAAAAACAACAUAAAUAAUAAUAAUAAUGAUAAUAAUAAUAAUAUAAAUAACCUAUCUGCCAAGAACAACUUCAACACUAACAUGAUAUUGAAACCGAAAUUCUUGAGUCUGGCAAACUGUCUAGAUGAUGAUGAUGAUGAUGUCAGUCGUAAUAAUAAUAAUAAUAAUAAUAACAAUAAUAAUAAUAAUAAUAAUAACAAAAAUAAUAGCAAUAAUAAUAAUAAUAAUAAUAACAUUAUUGUUAAUAUUAACAGCGAUGACUCCCUGAUAAGGAAUCCGCAAAUUGGUUACAAGAAGAUAAAAUAUUAUGACGACGAUGAUGACGAUUAUUAUAUUAAUAAUAAUAAUAAUUAUAAUGAUAAUAAUAAUAAUAAUAAUAAUGAUGAUGAAGAAGAAGAAGCUAGUUAUUAUAACUCUUACGUUAACAUCGUCAGAAAUAUCAGCCGUAGUAGCAAUGAUCGCAACAACAACUACAAAACAACGACCUACGAUUGUCGUAAUAAUAAUAAUAAUAAUAAUAAUUCCAACAACAAUAGAUCUGAUUGCAGUGAUUAUGUAAACGACAAGAACAUUAGCUGUAGUAACUUCGUUAACAGCCGCUACUACAACAACAACAACAGCAGCAGCAGCAAUGGCAGCAGAUUCAGCAACCACAACGUCAUCACUGCUAGUAAUGGUUACGCAACGGAUUACCAAAGGCUAAAAUUAAAGUAUAAAUUAAAAGGAUCUUUGAGUUUUGACGGAAGUAUCGUGGAAACACAUCAUCAUCAGCAGCAACAACAGCAACAACAACAACAACAACAACAAAUAAACGAAAGCAUAGAACGACGUAGCAUCAACACGGAUGAUGACGGUUAA